AUGGGGGUGCCUCUUGAUUUGCAGGACGACCGGGGCCGGUCGCCCCUCCACCGCGCCGCCGAGCGCAGCAGCGCGCCCGCGGCCGCGCGGCUCCUGGCCAGAGGCGCGGCAGUCGACAGCCGGGACGGCCUCGGGCGCACGCCGCUGAUGGUGGCGGCCGGGGCCGCGGGGCAGCACUGGAGCAGCGGCGGCGGCGGCGGCGGCGGCGGCGGAGGCGGCGGCGACGACGGGGACACGGGCGCCGGCGCAGUCGUUCGGCUAUUGUCGGACAACGGGGCAGACAUCGAGGCGAGGGACGCUGGUGGCCGCACCGCCCUCUUCUUCGCCGGCCCAGUCGCCGCGCCCGCCCUGCUCGCGCGCGGCGCCGACCCCGGCGCCCGCGACGCCGAAGGCGCGACGCCGCUUAUGUUGGCCUUGCUGCGCCGCGAGUGGCGCGUCGUCGGCACCCUCAUGGCCGCCUGCCCCGCUGCUGCCGCCGCCGCCGACCGCGACGGGCGCACGGCGCUGCACAUCGCAGCCUCCCGCGGCGACGCGCACGUGGUCCGCCUGAUACUCGACGCCUGCGGCGGGCCCGAGGCCCGCGCCGCGCUCGGCGCGGCGCGUGAUGCGAAGGGGCGCGCGCCCCACGAGGUCGCGGCGCGCUGCCCGCGGUCGGCGGUGCUGCAGGUGCUGCUGGAGCGCGGCGGCGCCCGCGCGCUCGUGGCGAGCGACGGCGGCCGCGCGGUCGGGCUGGUGGCAGCCGCGGGCGACGAGCAGUCCGCGCUCUCCAUGGCCCUCGCCGGCGCCGCCAUGCCGCAGCCGGAAAGCUGCCGGCCCGGCGGCUGGGCGCUGGCGGCGCUGGCGGUGGGGGAGCUGCGGGCGGCGGCGGGGCAGCGGGACGCCGUGAGGGCCUUGCUGGUCGCCGUGGCGGGGGAAAUGCAGCGGCUGCAGCGGCUGCGGGCGGGGCAGGCGGGGGCCGAGCAAGCCCAGCACGCCAGAGAGGGCAGCGCUGAAGCGGACGCGGCGGCAGCGGAGCGAGCGGCUCAACUGCACCCGCGCGCGGGGCAGGUGCAGCAGGGGCGACACGAGCACGAGGGUGCGCCCCCCAACGGCGCGGCGGCGGCGGCGCCGCCGGCGGCGUCGCCGGCGUCGCCGGCGCGCAGCGACAACGCGUCUUCCUCUGGGGAUGACAUGGCGCCGCCGCAAGGGGGCGCGGCGGGCGGGUCGUCCGGGAACGAGGAGGAGCGUUUGGAGCGGCGGCUGCGGCGGCUGAGGCAGGAGGUCGCCUCUGAGGAGCGGCGGCUCAAGAGGCUUAGGAGGAGCGCAGGCCACGAGGGGCCCGGCGAGCAGCCAGGGGGCGGCGGCGGCGACUGA